CGCGACGAUCCACGAUUUCGAGUUUGAUUCCUUCGCUCAGUUUGCUAGUAUCCUCCGGCUCGGGAUAAUCAAAAAUGUGUUGUGUGCUUCGGUAGCAGUCGGUCGACGGACCCAAUAACCAACGAUGAUUCUCGACACCGAUCGAUCGUGCUGGGAAUCCAGGAUGCACAGGAUGUACGGGACAUUUGAGAGGAUGUCGAAGUCAGGAAGCAUCAAAGAUGGCGAGAAAGGGCCGUACGAGACGGUCGCGGUGGCCGAUAAAGGCGGCAACGAUGAAAUCAAAUUGGAGGCGAAGAUGUCCCUGUUGAACGGCAUCACGGUGAUUGUCGGCUCCAUUAUUGGUUCUGGCAUAUUCGUUAGCCCCACCGGUGUGCUCAAGUACACGGGAAGCGUGAACGCCAGUCUCCUGGUGUGGAUAGCUUCCGGUAUUUUCUCCACGGUAGGCGCGUACUGUUACGCGGAGCUCGGGUGCAUGAUCAGAAAGUCGGGCGCCGAUUACGCGUAUAUCAUCGAGACCUUCGGACCUUUCAUGGCAUUCAUCAGACUGUGGGUCGAGUGCAUGAUAGUGCGGCCUUGCAGCCAGGCCAUCGUGGCCCUGACUUUCAGCGUGUACGUUCUGAAGCCGGUGUUCCCCGACUGCACGCCGCCCGAUGAUGCAACCAGGAUACUCGCCGCUUGCUGCAUCUGUAUCCUGGCGUUCAUCAAUUGCUGGGACGUGAAAUGGGCGACGCGAGUGCAAGACAUCUUCACUUACGCGAAGCUCUUAGCGCUCUUCAUCAUCAUCUUCGCCGGUGUCUAUCAGCUCUUCGCCGGGAACACGCAGUAUUUCACGUUCGAGAACACGAACACAGAAGUGACGUCGAUAGCACUCAGCUUUUAUUCGGGGCUGUUCGCUUACAAUGGCUGGAACUACUUGAAUUUUAUCAUCGAGGAGCUCAAGGACCCGGUCAAGAAUUUACCUAAAGCAAUUGGUAUCUCCUGCGUCCUCGUCACUCUCGUCUACGUCUUCGCCAAUGUGGCCUUCUACACGACACUUAGUCCCGUCGAGGUGUUGGGAAGCGAGGCUGUGGCAGUGACGUUCGCGAAUCGUCUCUUCGGCUGGUUCUCCUGGAUGAUCCCCGUGUUCGUGGCCCUCUCGACGUUCGGAGCGGUAAAUGGAAUUCUCCUGACAUCUUCUCGGCUCUUCUACGCAGGGGCUUGCGAGGGCCAGAUGCCUGAAAUACUGACGAUGAUCCAAACAUCGAGGGUCACGCCGACACCGGCCGUUCUCUGCAUGGCGCUGUUGUCCAUGUUGUAUCUCUGCUCUUCCGACAUCUUUGCUCUGAUCAACUACGUUGGCUUUGCUACCUGGCUGAGCAUUGGCGUCUCCGUGCUCUGCCUACCAUGGCUCAGAUGGUCCCAGCCUAAUCUGCCCAGGCCAAUCAAAGUGAACCUAUUCUUCCCGUUCAUAUACAUUCUCGCCACCCUUUUCGUGACUAUCGUUCCCAUGUACGCCAGUCCAGUGGAAACAGGAUACGGUUGCCUGAUGAUCUUCUCGUCCGUGCCAGUGUACUUUGUGUUCGUCUCAUGGAAAAACAAACCAAAAUUCUUCCAGCAAGGAGUCAGCGCCGUUACCAAAACCUUGCAGAAGCUGAUGGUAGUCGUCGGACCAAAGACUAAGUAAGCACCACGAAGUUCCUGCAGAAGAUAAUGCUGGUCGUCGGCAAGUCGAAACCCGCUCAGGUUUAAUCGCAGUCAGAACGAGUCUUCAGCCCCUUUGGGGGUUGGACUUCCGAUCCGAAGAGAACGAGAAAUUGGGGAGAGGAAUUUUGAGGACGCUCGGAGAACGGUUGCGUGGAAAUAUUUAUCCAACUAGAACCGCCGAUUUCAUUUUAGGCUGGGCCUAAACUUUGUCACUUUUAAUAUUCGAACACGAGGUUCAAGUGAAUCCUUAAGUGGACUAGCCAGAAUGCAACAGUUCGAUUAACAUCAAUUUUACCACUAAAAUACGGUUGGAAUUUUUAAAUCAAUACACGUUGAAUAACGCUCGGAAUAAACGAUAAGAAUGAGAUGUAGAUGUCCACUCAAGGAAAAUGUAAAUUCAUUUUCUUCAUAGCCACAAUAGACUGAGUUGCAAUUCGCAGAAUAGGCUGGGCCUACAUUGCACUCUGAAUUUUAAUGAAAAUUAGUCGAGCUCUCUCUAAUCGACAAGUCCAAACAAGUUCGUGUAACAGUGAACAAUAAAUUCACUGUACAAUUAGGAGUACACAUAAUCAUUUAUUAUAUCUAGUAUACGAAUAUUGUUUCUUAGUAAGACAAUUAGGUAAUGCGUAUUCUAUGCGACAAUUGAAUACGGAAAUGUUUAGACUAAGGCUAGUUUGGUGUAAAAUAAUUAAGUCUUCUGGGACUUGUCGAUCAGUCAGAUCGAAUGCACUGUCUCGAAUUCAAUUUUAUUUAUUAGUCUGGAGGAGCCCAGACUCAGUUUUCAUCGCAUCGUAUGAAUACAUAAUUUGUAAACUCGUUCUCCGAGCAAGCUAAGGAUGUCCUGACGAGAGGCAGCCAUAUUGAAUCAGGACGCCCUCUAAGCUGCCUCGAAAGUUGCUCAACAUGCGUGUAUGUGUCACCAAGUCUCGUUUUCUCCGGAUAUCGUUCUCUGGGUGUGAUGUCGAACAGGCUCCAAGAUAUCCGCGGUGACAUAUGACCAAAAUGAGUCCACUGGAGGUGCAAUAUUGCUGUCACCAUUGACCACAAACAGGUGUUUCCUCCGCAAAACGGGGAAAAUCGUUUAGGAAAACUAAGAAAACGAAGACAUGCUAAGACAGGACUCGUAAUAUUCUCCUCCGCUGGAUUAAACUAUUUCCCACCCAUCGCAAUAUGGCGGACAUUCCCGACGGUGUUGUUUUCCUUCAUCCUGCAUUACACAUUUCCAUUACUUUUUGCCUCUUCUUAUUUCCAUUAAGCGUUAGCUCAUAGUUCAGUUCGUGGUUAAGAGUUCAAUCUUUCUAAGAAUAUCGUAAUUGAUAAUUUAUUGCGUUUGUCCAACCUUCCGCCAUCUUGGAACACCGAAAUAUCCUACGAUUCACGGUCCUUGAUCUCGAUUCAUUUCGUAAUCGAAGACCGAGAAACGGAGGACAAUAGCGGUAUCGUUACGCGCUGACAUUUGUUGUCGAAGUCGCAUAAUAUAAUAAUGAUAAUAUUGUAUUUGCAUUUACUGCCACUGAUGGCGGCGUGCGGGCGUACAUGUAUACGGGGUGGUAAGUGGUCCCAAAGAUACUAGGAUGUGUGAAAACUUGAUAAAGCUUUUUAGGCAAUUAUUUUUUAUCGGUUUCACGUAAUCAGUCAGAAUUUUAUGCCAGAGAAAAAAAUGACAGACUUUUAAGGAGGAACAGCAAGUCAUAUCGCCGUUUUGGAAUCUUUGCUAUCAUGUGUACACUCUCGUACACCUAUGUACACUGUUUGUUCAAAUUUAUAUCCUACAUAACGAAGUUGCAGAGACAAUGUAUCUCAUUAGAAUAUUGAUUUUAAAAAGACUGUCUUAUAUAUAGAUAUAUAUAUAUUUUUCUGUAGGAUUGUUUUAGCUUCAAAUCCAUUUUAAGUUCUUUGAAACCGAAUUAAACGAACAAACAACGCACGCCCCAACAUGGAAACCACUGUACCGCGUCCGACAAGCAACUUUUCCAUUGAAACAAAAAUUGCUGGUUCAAAUUUCAUUCGUCGCGAACGGCGAAUCAUGAACGUACAACCACUCAAGUGAUUCUGGCUAUUCAGGAUGCGUUUAGGUUUAACGUACACGCGUAUUAAUUAAUUAAUUAAUUAAUUGAUUACGGAACACGAGAGAUUCUCUCGGUGCAUCGAUGAAUUGCAGACAAACUUACGAGCGUGCACAACUGGUGCAUUUGCUAUAAUAAUUGAAUGAGAGGGAGAGUGAGAGAGGGAGAGAAAGAGAGUGAGAAAGAAUAGUCUCGCCAGCAUACUACGGCGUCGUUCGAGGAUUUAGAUUUUUUAUACUUUUUUAAGCAUAGAUAUCCGUGGUAGACAGGUUUCUAGCCAGUUUAUCAGAUCCGCGCGGCUCGUUUUCUCAUUUGUUCCGUUCCUUAUUUAUCAAUUGUGUUGAUUUUUGUACAAACUGUAUGUAUGGUAUAUGUAUUUCCGGUGAGACGUUCUUUGACAGUGAAUCGCCGUUAGAAUCGCACAGCACGUAUAAAAAUGCAUAUUUAUAUGCAGUGCAUGAUUGCGGCAAUCGCUCAUUGUAAUCCGUUGUAUAGUUUGCGGUCCUUCGUUCCCGCGCGUCGAAGGAUCUUCCUUGAAAUUUCGCCCUUUGUUGAUAGAAUGGAGUUGAUAUUCCUACAUUUGAGUACUUUAGCCUCUCUUCAGCAUGCGGUCUUAAUUCCUUUAAUGAAUACGAGCAAUUUAAUAUAAUGCAGUAGAGUUCUGAUUAUUUGAAAUACUCGAUUAUCCGGAACGCUCGAUAAUCCGGCACUGUUUGAUACAAACGUAACCAUAUUAUACCCCAUAUAACCAUAUUAUAACCAUAUUCCUCAGCUAUUUAGAAUCAAUAAUUAACCUUUAGAAAAAGCUAAACAAUUUCGAGAAAACUUAAGCAUAUCUUACUUCCCUAGAAGUAAUCAUAAAGAAAAAGGUCGGAUAAUCGGAAUUUUACUGUAUUUGAGUCUCUUUUAUCGGGGAAAUUUACCGGCUAAAAAAUACUCUGACGGUACACAAAUAUUCAGAAGUUUGCCCUGCAUUAAUCUCAUGUAAAAAAAAGUUUAUUUACAAGUUGAUUUUUCAACAAGCUCUUGAACGCUUCCACCAUCAAUGAAACUGAAAGUUUUGAAAUUGACACCAUUUUUAUCCAUCUCCGAACAGCGUCAACACGUGCAGUGACAAAACGCUGAAACUGGUAGACAAAUUUAUCGACAGAGCAAAGUAACUCUGGUUCCAAGAAACGUUAAGAGUCGAUAAUUUGUUUAAUAAUUUGGGUGUUCUGCCACUACGUGUAUUGGUGUUAUUUAGUAAAUAAAAAUUUCGCCAAUUUCAAAUUACGUGUAACGGCGUUAUUUGUACAUUUUAAAGGACAGAUGAUUCUUAGUGAAUUUUACAUUGUAAUUCUAUAUUACGCGUUUAGCGACAGAAUCAUCUGUUGUUUAUAGUUGCAAUAAUAAGUAAACUUUUUUUUAGAUCUAUUGAUGCACGAGUUACUCCAGAACAUUGUUGUAUUAUCAGAAUAUUUUCUUCGAUCUUCAAAUUGGCACUGUCGUCUAAUUAUCGAAAUUAUAAUUGUACUACUGAAACGUAUUAUUUAGGGUAACCACGGAGAUGAUACAGCUUUUAUUUUGUAUACAUUUACAAGCGUUUCUGAAGCAACACGUAUUUCGUUCUCAUUCUAGAUUAAAAGAACAUUUAAGAUUUUUAGCUUGUACACUUUCUUCAUUGGCGACGAAUAUUUUUAACAAUUAGUUUGUUAAUUAUCUGUCUGCUGUUUAUUAUGUUAGUGGAUGAAGUUCCUAGUUUGACGAGCAUAAUAUACUAUCCCUGCCAGAGAAUAUCAUAAUCACCUGAUUGCAAUUAACAUUUUUUAGCAACAGUGUUGGGUAAAGAUCGAAUUAAUUUGUCUUUGUCGAUUAACAGAUGAAUCAAUGUUCACGAUGAACUGAUUUUAUUGCUAAGGAAAAGGAUGCUUACAACUUUUUGAGGAUUCCAUUGUAGCAAAAGGGACUUCGAGGAAUUUACUCAGUUUGUUCUGUCAGCUUUGAUAGACCCACAAAUUUGCUUACUGACAUAGUAUAUGAUAACGAUUAGACUGUGGAAUUUCAUGCAACAUAAAAUUUGUUUGCAUGAGAUGAAAAUGAUGUAACAGAUUUCUUUUUUUUUGAAUACUUUACUAUUUUGCAUUUACUUAUUUUUAUUAUAAACGCAUGAAAACCGUAGUCUACUAACGAUCUGUAGACGUUCUAUAAUAUCACCACAGCUCGUAAGAUUGUCCUGUCUGACUUUUACAAGCCACUUAGUUGAACCUCGUGAUUCAAAACUUAAGCUUCCCCAUCAUCGACAGCUUCGCCAUAAUCUUAAGUUUUGUUUACGUAAACGUUGAUUUUCAGAAGUCGUCGAUUUCCGAAAACGACUGCCGACAUGUCAGAGCAAUUCUUCGAAAAAAGAAAGAAUAAUUAUCCUUGUCACGGAUACAUUUGCACGAACGGGUGUUACUGCGCGGCUGAGUCCACAUUUGUUCUUCAAUUAUGGAAAGAAUGAUGUGACGAUAUCUGGACUCAGCUCGGAAUGGGAAAUGUCACAUUCGUGUGACUGGAUUGUUGAAAACCCACUGAAGAUAUCGAACGUUAGCAAAACUCUAUCUAAAAGUUGAAAAAAAUUAUUGCAAAAAAAUGCAGAAGUGCAGCAUAUCGGUAGUGAAACUUCUUUCGGACCAACUAUUUUUUAUAGGGUGUUUCUGAGACCCGAGCAUCGCUAGGAUCGAGGCAGAUUAGGUUUGUCAAGGUCAGCCUCCUCUUUGACAAUACCAAUUUGGACCUGUACUAAUUUCUCCAAAACGAUCAUUGUAAAUAUAUCAAAUAUACUCUAUUGUCCGUUUCGAGGAUUGGAUAAAAUAGAAUUAGUAUUAUCCACGUGGUCUAAAAUGAGGAUGAUUUAUGGUAGUGGGGGAGCGACCUUGACGCGUUGGAUUUUUCUGUAUUGCGAUUAAUGUAAGAUACGUAUCGUCGCGUCUUCGCAUCUGUUGCUAAACGACGUGAAUGAUUUAAUGCUUCGAGUUAGCCUCGGCGAUUCAUCAGAAGCACCACUUUAAUGAUCUUUAAGUGGGCACUAAUUGAUGAAUUAUUAUCAGCUGAGUAGGAAGCGAAGUCGGAACUUCAGAAACGAAUCUGGAUCGCAAAGAUCGUCGAAACUUUUCAUUUCAGCGCAGUCUGUAUUAUGACAUGCAGAUGCGUCACCGAUGCUAUCGGUUGCGAAACGUUUCCGUCAUAACGCUCUGUACUUUUUACGAGAUACAUUUCGACCACCAUGAAUUCCCAUGAAACAUACAUCAGGGUGUCUAUCGGCAUUGAAUCAAUCCUUUGUAAUUCAGUAUUUUAUUUACAUAUAAUGAUCAUUCCUAAAAGAAUUGAUUUCAAUUCUUCUAAAAAUGACCACCGUCGACGUAGAUUAUCACGUGACCGAGCUCUCAUUGGUCCAUUACGUCCUAUUUGAUAACGUGCUGCCCUAUGAAGGGCCCACGGACAGAUUUAUAAAUUGUAUCAACCAUUUCAUAGUUAAUGAAACGUGUAAAAGAAAUAUUAUAUGCUUUAAACAGCUUCGAAAAAUCAUGUACCAUUCAUUAAAUAGUUUUUACAACGGAUAGGUUGAAAGAGAUCAUUAUUUUUUCGUUUUCUAUUCUUUGUCAUUCCAUCGCCGAAGGUCACGUGAUCGACGUCGACGGUAUUUUUCAUUCGCAGAUCCUCUUUUCAAACGUUCGAUCGAUUUUCAGCAAAUUUUUAUAAUUGUCCCGAAAAGAAUGCAAUACUCAUUAUUCAGUUUGUAACCGAUGAUCGUUGGACAUCGAUCGUUAUAUCAAUUGAUUAGUUUUAAGCUGUUAGGGAGUAAGAAAAAGAGAUUGAGAGAGAAAACCGCGCCAGGACUGAUCGUAGAAUUAGAUGUUCUUUAAAAUAAGUUGGCACUUUAGCUACCGGAAUAUCUCCGAAGACGCUAUUAUAGAGUUUAUUACUCGGAAUAAUUUAUUUAAUUAUAAAUAGGAAUCUGCUACAGUUGCUGAUCAAUUUUUCAGAAGAUCUUCUUCGAUCGUUAAUCUGUAAUUUUUGAUGGACUGUGAUGCAAUCUCCGGUAGGUAAAGUGUCGAAUUUAGGCGAACGACAUAAUAUAUAUUUUCGCACGGGAAUUGACCAGCGACCGAUAGACGCUCUGACACGCGUGACAAUAAGCAUUUAUCAAUUAGUUAGUCGGAUAAAACGAAGUAAUCGACGAACACGAGUGAAACUAAAUUCAGAACGGAUGCUUGUAUUGAUCUUUCUCCUUUAUGUUCCGGGUUUGCGAUAUAUCAGUCUGUACUUGACAAUGGCUACCGAAAUGGGAGCCAUCGACCGAUGAUAGUUCUGCUGUCACCUUGACCCGUGGUUGCAUCGUUUCUGCUGAAAUUGCGUGAGCUUCGAAAUUAGCGAGAAACGUUGUAUUAUUUUUAUAUUGUACAUAUAUCAAUAAUAUGACAGUGUAAAAUUGUUUCGACGUCCGUGGAAACCGGAAGUUAGGAUUACAUAGAGAACCGAGGGGAAGAAAGAUUGGGAAAGAACGAAGUCGUAUGAAAGAUAAGCAAAAAUUCUGCAACCAUUUCGUCAUGUGCGCAGUUCAGAAUGAACAGGCGUUCUUUUCGAACGCGUAUGCGAUGUCUGAGAAGGAAAAUGGCGAGCAUAGAGCAGUAGCUUAGGAUCUAAAUAAGUCGGAGGAACAUAAGCUGGAGCUCUAAGGGACAAGCGAACUGUGACAAUAUAUUCUAUUGUAUAAACGUUGUGUAUUACUUCCGGAAACCUUUAUCGUCCCGUGAGAUGCAUUUCAGUAAACCAGCUUGCAAUAAGAUAAUGAAUCCAAUGUUAAACGAGCAACCCUGAAACCGGGUUUGAUUAUAAAUAAUAAUAACAUUGAAUGGCAAACUCUCUUGGAAGAUAUAAAUCGAACCGUGAACUGUAAAUAUAAGUAAAUGAGAACUGGAAAAAAUUGUCGUUUCAGAAGUAUUUUCGAUCCAAUAAAAUUAAUAUUGGAAGCAA